GGCCUCUGAUCGCUCUUGUAUUCCUGACGCGGCUUCUCUUUCCCGCGCGGUCUACUCCUCCAUCCCACCUGGGAUAAUGGCGACUGCCGAGGUACUGAACAUUGGGAGAAAACUCUAUGAGGGCAAGACAAAAGAAGUCUAUGAACUGUUAGAUAAUCCAGGAAGAGUCCUCCUGCAGUCCAAGGACCAGAUUACAGCAGGAAAUGCAGCUAGAAAGAACCAUAUGGAGGGCAAGGCUGCAAUCUCCAAUAAGAUAAUAAGCUGUAUUUUCCAGUUGUUACAAGAUGCUGGUAUCAAAACGGCUUUCACCAAGAAAUGUGGGGAGACUGCUUUCAUUGCACCCCAAUGCGAAAUGAUUCCCAUUGAAUGGGUGUGCCGAAGAAUAGCAACUGGAUCUUUUCUCAAAAGGAUCCCUGGUGUAAAGGAGGGGUAUAAGUUUUACCCACCGAAAGUAGAAAUGUUCUAUAAGGAUGAUGCCAAUAAUGACCCGCAGUGGUCUGAGGAGCAGCUCAUUGCAGCAAAGUUCUGCUUUGCUGGACUUGUUAUAGGCCAGACUGAAGUUGACAUCAUGAGUCAUGCUACCCAAGCUAUAUUUGAAAUACUGGAGAAGUCCUGGCUUCCCCAGAACUGCACGCUGGUUGAUAUGAAGAUUGAAUUUGGUGUUGAUGUAACCACCAGAGAGAUUAUUCUCGCUGAUGUUAUUGAUAAUGAUUCCUGGAGACUCUGGCCAUCAGGGGAUCGGAGCCAGCAGAAAGACAAACAGUCUUACCGUGACCUCAAAGAAGUAACUCCGGAAGGACUACAGAUGGUGAAGAAGAACUUUGAGUGGGUUGCAGAUCGAGUGGAGUUACUCCUGAAGUCAGACAGCCAGUGCAGGGUUGUAGUGCUGAUGGGUUCCACUUCUGACCUUGGUCACUGUGAGAAAAUUAAAAAGGCUUGUGGAAACUUCGGGAUUUCGUGUGAACUUCGAGUAACACCUGCCCAUAAAGGACCAGAUGAAACUUUGAGGAUUAAAGCAGAGUAUGAAGGGGAUGGCAUACCUACUGUAUUUGUCACAGUGGCUGGCAGAAGCAAUGGUUUGGGCCCAGUGGUGUCUGGUAAUACUGCAUAUCCAGUUAUCAGCUGUCCCCCCAUAACACCAGACUGGGGUGCUCAGGACGUGUGGUCAUCCCUCCGACUGCCCAGUGGUCUUGGCUGUUCAACUAUACUUUCUCCAGAAGGAUCCGCCCAGUUUGCUGCUCAGAUAUUUGGAUUAAACAACCAUUUGGUGUGGGCCAAACUUCGAGCGAGCAUUUUGAACACGUGGAUAUCUUUAAAGCAAGCUGACAAGAAAAUCAGAGAAUGUAAUUUGUAAAAAAAAAAA